GUAUCAAGCGAGCGUGCUGCGCGCCUGCGCUUCUCACAAAAUGACGUUGCUACAUUGAGACAUGAGCCCCAGGCCAGGAAGCAGCUUAUACUAUUGUUUUGUACAGCUGUCUCCUGCAAUUUCCUCACAGAUCACGCAAAUGCCGGCCAAGGUCGCAGUUAUCGGUGCAGGUCAAGUUGGGAAGACCCUGGGAGGCAAAAUUGCCCGCACCAACCCUGUUGUCUACGGUGUGCGCGAUGUAUCCAAGUAUGCUGACCUCGCAGCUGCAAACCAGACUGUGAAGCCGGUCGCGGAGGCCAUCAAGGACUCUGACGUUGUCAUCCUGACAGUCCCGGGCGCGCAUGAUGACGCGGGCAUCAAGUCGAUCGCCAAGAGCCUUGGGCCGGAGGUGAAGGGCAAGGUCCUGCUGGACGCGUGCAACCCUCUGGGCGCCUGGCCGGGUCUGGAGAGCCGCUGGACCGCGGGCACCUCCUUCGGUGAGGUGCUGGCGGCGGAGCUGCCCGACACAGUCGUAUACAAGGCCUUCAACACCGUGCCCGUUGAGAUUAUGGCCGCGGCUGACGGCUCCUCCAUUCCCGAGGUGGGCGGGCCGCUGACGCUGCUGUACGCCGGCGGUCCUGAGCGCCACGAGUUGGCGGAGGAGGUCAUCCGGGCGGUGGGGUUCGUGCCGGUGCGCGUGGGCCCCAUCCGCUACGCCCGCAACCUGGAGUCCAUUGCCGAGAUGUAUGUGCACCUGUCGGUGCCGGGCGCCGGCCUGCCCGGUGUGGCACAUUGGGGCCGUGAGUGGCACUUGCAGCUGGUCGGCGACUACCCCAAGCCCAACAAGUAACUCAAUUCGAAGAUGCUUGCCAUUGCACAAGUGCUUCAUUGCACAGCAGGGGAGCAGGAUGGUGCCAUGGGGGUGCCGACGAUUGGAGAGACUGGCGUAGGUCCUUCAGUAAUCAAACGCCACUGGGGGUUGGGGGAGCUGAUGGCUAGGGGGCUCGGCGGUUCAUAGUCUUGUGCAGCCGCAUAGAUUUCAGAACGAAGACUGCAUUUGUGUCAUGAGGAGUUGCGGGCGCACUUCGCCAAGAGUGAAGACGGCUUGCGAGUGGAUAAGUAUGUAGGCGGGCUUUGCGGCGAUGCGGCAUACGCCGAUAGUUUUGGUGCCCCCUUCACCAGUCGUGGUGGGCUGGGGGGGGCGAGGCGCUGUAAGAAGUACCCGUC